GUAGAUAUAGCACAUUUGGUAUUGGGAGUAAAUAGGACAAGAAGUAAGCGGCGCUGGCUUUCAAAAUAGUAGCAUGAGGUUGGUUUUAGGUGCUGCGUUUUGGUUCUAUAGGUUUGUCUGUCUGUAUACGUUGAUGUGUAUGUAUGUAAACGUCAUGCUGUUCUUCAUUUUCGUUCCUGUUUCCUCUCUUCUUCCUGUCUCUACUCUUCUUCUUCUUCUUCUUCUUCUUCUUCUUCUUCUUCUUCUUCUUCUUCUUCUUCUUCUUCUUCUUCUUCUUCUUCUUCUUCUUCUUCUUCUUUUUCGUUCUUCGUUAUCCACCCCAGCCCCAUCUCUCUCUCAUAUACAGUAACUCAACACCAUCCACCCGACACCACCAUCUCCUCACCCACCUGUCCAGUAUCCACGCUAUCUCAACCCCAACUCUUCGGCUCCCACGCACGCGCGCCCCUUUCCCG